AUGAAGCGACGACGUUCUGAAGAACACGACGAACCCGAGCCACCCGCCGCUCAAUCCAGUCCUUCGCGCGAGUCCGCGCACUCAUACGAGGGAAAUAUCGCCGAUACAGAGACCGAUACCCAAGGCGAUCAUCCCCAUGUCAGCUCUAGCAGGCGCUCACCUGCAGCCAUACCGUCGGCAGGCGAGUCCUCUCAGGCCGACGCGCCCCCGCCGGCGAAGAAGAAACGUACACGCACUCUCACGACGCCUCAUCAAUCAGCGGUUCUUCACGCUCUCCUCGCUCAGUCCCGCUUCCCGACAACGGCUAUGCGCGAGGAGGUCGGUCGCGCCAUCGGUCUAAGUGCUCGUAAGGUCCAGGUUUGGUUCCAGGCAAGUCUCGCUUCUUUGCGCCUUAAGGCUCGCCGCCCGCGUAACCAAGCGGGUCAGGCCGCCGAGCAAGCUUCUACAGGCGCCAUACCUUUGACGAGCCUCCCGGGCCCUUCGCAUCUCGCGCAGCAGCCAUCGACGUCAUCCACCGCGUUCGCCGGUUCCUCGUCUUACGGUGCCACUACCUACGGACAGCCCUCCGCCAGUGUCAGCGUCAGCCGGGCACUCUACGAGGCCGAACUAGCACUGCGCAACUCCGCUGCCGCGGCGCCACCCGCUAGCCUUGCGGGGCCUGGUGUACCCGGACCGAGCACGUCUCUCGCGACACCUCUCACCUCUGUACCACCACCCUCAUUACCUCGCCUUCAAGCACCACCGAGCCCGGUAUCAUACGGCUACGCUGGUCGCGAAUUUACGGCACCCUUACCUCCACCCCAUCGCUAUUCAUCGCCGGAGCCAUACGGACGCCUCCCUGGACCCUAUGAAAGCAGACGCGCUUCGCCGGAGGCGCGGGUUCAUGCCCCUCGCGACAUGUCACUCAGCUUGCCACCUCUAACUCUUGAUGAAUCGCGCUAUCCUCGAGGAGUGUCGCCUGGCUCGCGUCUGCCACCCCUCGACACGAGGCCGUACUCGCAUACCGCGCCCCGCCGCUGGACCGAAAGUGACUCGAUUCUCGAGUCGCCGCUUGCUUACACCGGUAGCUCGUCUUUGCGGCGGUCACACUCGCGUUCUCCACCUUACCCUCUACCGGGAUAUACCUCGAUCGAGCGCCCUAUACUCCCUCCGCUUCGCCUCCCUUCUCCGUCGUCGCACCCGCAUCACCCCCUCUCGGCCACGUCUGUGUCUUCCGCCACACACCCUCCUCGCGGUGAAGACCUGGCGCCAUCGCCCAUAUCCCUCCGCGAACCCCGUGGAACGAUCUCCUCACCAACUAUAUCGCGCACGACGCGUUUCGAUCCCGUCCGCGCCGCCAUCAGCGACAAAGAAUCCCAGAGCCGCGCGACCACUACCUCCCCUCAACGCCCUGGCAAAGAAGCGGGCACGCCGCCGUACGCCUCACCGCCCGCAUAA